ACUGGCUCACAUUCAGCUCAAGGUGACCACCGUCUAUAUAUGCCUAUUCUCCAGCCUUGCAUAUAACGGUCCUUCCUCCCUUAUUGCUGAUGCUGGUCAUAUCUGAUCCGGGGGCUCUCACGUCUCUAAUAUGGGCGGCAAAGCACGAGUUAUGAUCGCAGUCCACCACCGGGGUAAAUUGUCGCUUGGAGACAACAGGAAAGAGCUAGGCCGGUCCGCGUACCACUGGGGAAUCCUCGUCCAGCGCAAGAAGCCCAGGGGCCUUGAUUCAAACGCAUACGACGCGACCGACGGAACACUGCUUGACCCCUUGACCGGAGUGGAUCACAACUCAAACCAUGACUGGCGAUUCCGUUCUAAGCUGGGGACCGAACCCAUGCAAAGUGGUCAGAUUCUUGUUAGAAUAACGAUCGGGAAAGUGCCGCCUCAUAUUACGAAUGCUCGAAUCGAAGCUCUUCUCAAAGCAGUACCUCUCCCUGACAAAAGCGCGACGCCUAGGCAGAGCUGUGUGACUUGGACCAUGGCUGCCAUUGAGGUGAUGCAAAAGGAAGGUCUGGCAGAGGCCUUCGACGUGAACCAGUUCAUGGACAAGGCUCUCGAAGUAGCCGAUGAAUGGAUAAAGAACCCGGUGCCGGGAAGAAUUUACAACUAUACCAAUCGACCACAGUAGCUCUGAAGCAGCUGAAAGCAAAAGUAGUUCUUGACAACUGAUGCUGGACUUGGAGGAACAAAGUCGUCAGUCUCUCUAUGGGGAAUGAUCUUGGACCUCGUGGGGAGGUCCAUCCAUGAGAUUCAUCCUGUCUUCCAAGCUACAAACGCGGUCCCUGAGCCUCAUUUUCAAAGACAAUAUGACCGUAUUCGCAG